AUGGCGACAAUACCGAGUACCUGCUGCCUCGCCCUGCGCGCAAUGUGGCCCCCAACCCUCCUCGCCAGCAUCCUUGCCCUCCUCGUCGCGUCCCUCGAAACCAUCUUCUACCGCGCGGACCUCUCCGCAGCAUACCACAUCUUCGCCGCGGCCUCCAUCUACCUCACCCUAUCCCUCAACGCCGUCAUCGUGAUGACGCGCCUCAAAAACGCGGUCCAGGCCAUCAAAGAUAACGCAGAAGUCUUUUCGCAAAUAGGUCCCUUUAACCGCUGGCUCGUCGAGGGGUACCUCCGCAGCCUCUUCCUCCUCCCCAACCUCGUCGGCCCGAUAUGGGUGUGCUGGGUCCUCUACGCUGACAACAGGUGCCUCGACAACCUCGCCCAUCUCUACGGGUUCGUCAUCGGCAUGCUGCACAUGCCCCUCCUGUUAAGCCUGGCAGUCCACCUCGUCGUCCCCGGAAUCUUCCGCGUCCUCUGCUGGAUCAUCGCAAAGACGUCCCGGCUCGUCUGGGCGGCGUCGUAUCACAUCCCUCAUCACCCCUGCGAGCUUGCCCAGAGGCUUCUCUCCGCGCUUCACCGCUGGCUCGAGGCGCUCCCUCAGAAGAUUGUGGCCGCCAUUGACCGCAGUGUGCUCCGCACCGAGUGGUUGUUCCUUCGACUCAGCGUCGGUUUCGCUUGUGUCAGUUUAGUUUGUCUGCUCUACACCAUGAUCGUCGACCUGUACCGCCCCUACCUGCAGCGUCUCGCCGUUCAUCUAACCGCAGAGGUCCUCAUGUUUGUUGGAGACCUCAUCUUUGACGUCGGUCUUUGGGUCGAUGGCAUUGUGGUGAAGCGGGGAUUCUGGGAGGGCGUCGGCUGGUGA